AUGGAGCGAUCAAAACCCCAGGCUUUCCUGUCGUCGUAUGCGCCGCGGCUGCGCACCUACAACAACUCUCUCUUAACUCCCGUCCUACCGAGUGCGCCAUCAGGGCCUGUUUCGCGAACAACAAAGCGAGGAACCACCAUUAUCAAUUACGCCGAGGAUGGUUAUGAUGACCUGGAUGACGAUAGCGACGAUACCAGGCGUCGGCCCACGGGCUUGCGAAGCCUGCGCAAGGAGGACUCGGCCACCAGGCAGGACAUGGCUGACAAGGUGGGAAAGGAAAUCAAGGAACCCGUCGAUGUCCAGGGCAUAUGGCGAGACUGGAUGGGCAAGAGCCGGUCUGUCAGGAGCGACCAGCAGAAUGCCGCUCAGGCAAACCUCCCAUUGACCCUGAUACCCAUACGAAUCGACCUGGACAUCCCGUCCUUCAUCCCGCCCGCGCCGUUCCCGGCCCCGAAUCCCAAUUCGGUCGACAUCUCCCUUCCCCAAUACCGACCGCAGGAGAUGACUGUUCCUUACAAGCUGCGAGAUAUCUUCUGCUGGAACCUGCACGAGACGCUCAUCACAACGGACCAGUUUGCGCAGACACUGGCGCAAGACCUGGACCUGCCUAACAGGCCUGCUGUCAUUGCAGAGAUUAGCAAGCAGAUUCGCACGCAGCUGGAAGAGUAUGCCGGUGUUGCUCUCCACCCACUCUUCCAUUCUGAGCCGUCCGCUGCAGCACCACCACCGCCCAUCCAAGGAGGGGCGGCGACCAUUGCUGGGGGGAGUGUCACAGCAGCCGGAACCCCGAGGCCCAGCAUAUUCAAAUCCCGAGACGACUCCCCGGCUUCAUUUGCGAGAGGCGUGUCCCGGCCCGAAACUCCUGUGCAAACCGGGGGCCAGGCAACACCAACACCGCAACCGCCGGCAUCUCAGGCUCCUGAGGUCACUGCUGAAGCAACACCCAUCCUGCCUGAUUCUGACGAGUAUAACCCUGACGAUACGUAUCGAUGCAUCAUCAACCUGAGUCUUAACCUUUCAUCCAUGCUAUACACAGACAAGUUUGAGUGGUCGCUUCUCCACCCUCCAGGCACAGCUGAAGCUUUCGCAAAGGCGACAUGUGCCGAUUUAGGAUUGGCGGGUGAAUGGGUUCCAGCAAUGACACACGCCAUCUACGAGGCAGUCCUUCGUCUAAAGAAGGAAGCCUGCGAAGCUGGCGGCCUUGUUGGAGGUUGGGGUGGAGCACAGCAGGAGCUGCCAAACGAUGCCGCACAUGGCCAGGAAGCUGGCUGGAGAUACGACCCGGAUCACUUGGCUGAUGACUGGGAGCCCAAGGUCGAGUUUCUCAGCAAGGAAGAGAUGGAGAAGCGAGAGGGCGACCGUGAGCGACAGAUCCGCCGACUGCGGCGUGAAACAGCGCGAUUCAGCUCGACGACUGGCAUGCUGGGCGGUACACCGUUCGGCCUGGGCGUGGUUGUCGAUGCUGAGGAGGAGAGGAUGGGUAGAGGUGAACGAUCCAAGAAGAAGCGGCGCUUCCGAAGUCUGAGUCCUCUCGCCCGUGGCGGAACUCCCCUGGGGCGACUCACGCCAGACGUCGGCGGUUACGGUGGAGGAGUAGGAGCCUUGACGGACAUGGAGCGAAUGACAUGGCGAUGCUCGCACUGCCGUACGUGGGGUACGAGCGUCUGGGCAGUCCGAGAUGGUCCUGCUGGGCCCAAGUCCCUGUGCGCCAACUGCGGCUACUUUUACGAACGAGAUCGCAGGCUGCCUCGCCAAACCAAAAAUCUGCACCUGCAAGACAUUCGAGCGGUCUAG